UUGGCGCCCAGUUUUGACAUCACUGACAUUAGUCCUUGUGUCGAGGCCUCCUGUGGUCCUCACUGUCAAUUGCAGCUAUAUUUUGCCACUAAGUGACGCCAGAAAACUCCAAAAAUCUCCAGCACUACACCUCAUGUGACGUAAAUUAAGGGAAAGUAACUGGUACACUCGAAAUAUAACUGAAACUGUCAACGAUGGCAACUGUCUCAGUCUCGAAGGGUGUAUUUUCCUUUAAGAGAAGUAAAGCAAACAAGAGAAAGGAGGCAGCAAGUACAACACUUGACUACUGGACAGAAUGUGAUGAAGACACCAGAGACCGUAGCUACAAGAAUUAUGUCAAAUGUUGGCAAAUGGUCACUAAUAUUCUCCAUGACUUGCAAAGCUCUGUUCAUGCCAAGGUAUUUGAGGACUUGGUGCACUUCAUUAAAAAUGCAAGGAAGAAUUGUUCCAUUAAGGCCUCAGAGAACCACAUUGAAUCCAUGCAAGGUCAAAAUGAUAUACCUACAGCCUGCCUGGUAACAGGCGUCAAUAUGCCAGACCACGAGGCCAUUUUUGAGAGUUUGGUCCGUCUUCUGGCAGAUGGGGUUACACCACAUAUUGCACAGCUUCACAGUAGAGACUGCAACACGCUUAGAUCUGCCAUGCAUAAAAUGAUCACACAGCUAAUGGGUCAGAAUGACUUGGUAGAUUUGGAUGAUGAAGUGGUGAUAGGACCAUCUAUCAAGAGGAGACAAAUUAAUAUGACUGUCCUUACUUCAUGGUACAAGGAAUGUACAGAUGUACUAAUGCAGGAGAAAAAUUCUUCCAAGUUGAGAGGGUCUACACAGAAAGCAACCAUUCUUUGUAAUGAUGAAACAUGUAAAGCUGUGACAUCCCCACGCAAGGCUGUGGCAUCCCCACGCAAGGCUGUGGCAUCCCCACACAAGGCUGUGGCAUCCCCACGCAAGGCUGUGGCAUCCCCACGCAAGACUGUGGCAUCCCCAUGCAAGGCUGUGGCAUCCCCAUGCAAGGCUGUGGCAUCCCCACGCAAGGCUGCGACAUCCCUAUGCAAGGCUGUGGCAUCCCCACACAAGGCUGUGACAUCCCAAUUCAAGGCUGUGGCAUCUCCACUCAAGGCUAUGGCAUCCCCACACAAGGCUAUGGUAUCCCCAUGCAAGGCUGUGGCAUCCCCAUGCAAGGCUGUGGCAUCCCCACACAAGGCUAUGUCAUCUUCACUCAUGGCUAUUGCAUCCCCACACAAAACUGUGGGAUCCUCUUGCAAGGAAAUGGGAUCACCAUCUAUAGCUAUGAAAUCUUUUAGCAAUAAUGGGUCACCUCAGAAGAAGAUAAAAUUAAGUAAAGAGACUUCUUUACCAAUUGAAGAUGAUCAUCAACCUCUUGUAGUUAUCUUAGAAGAUGUAGAAAGUUUUCCUAUGAAUGUACUUCAUGACCUUAUUCUAAUUUGUAGUGAACACCACUGCGACUUACCCUUUGUUUUUGUAUUUGGUGUUGCCACAACUCCCGCUGCUGUCCACCGCAGUCUAUCACAGAAUGUGUCUGCUUGUAUUGCUAUGGAAACUUUUCAAGCUGAACCAUCCACUCAUUUUCUUAAUCAUGUUAUUGAAAAGGUGGUGAUGUCUGAUGAGGUUCCAUUUCAUAUUGGAGGCCGACCUUUCAAGCUGCUCCUUGAUAUUUUCCUCUACAAUGACCUCUCUGUUAAAAAUUUCAUUAAAGGGCUCAAACUGUGUAUGAUGCAACAUUUUAUGAAUAACUCAUCAGCCUUCCUGUGUUGUCCUGCACCAGAGAGAGCAUCAGUAGUGAGGGCCAUGACACCAGCACAGCUAGACAUCAUCCGUAAACUGCCAUCUUUCAGAUCCUAUGUUGAGAGUUGUCCUCCCAAGGAACAAGCAGCUCUUCUGCUUGAGGAGAAAGUAUGUAAGGCUACAAUACGUAGAUUGCUGAACAAGCUGGACUGUUGGUAUGAUUGUUUCUGCUGUCUAGUUAAGGUAGUCCAUGCACUCACAAGUUCACUACCACAAGCUCCUCUGGGACGACAGGUAAGAGAGGUGUUAACAACCUGUCUCUCACACGAGCUGGUAGAGACUGAAGAAUUCAAGGAAGCUGAUAAAAUGUUGAGACUUAUGGCUCGUGAAGAACUUUUACCCAUCGUGACAAAUAUAAUUGGUAUAUUAAUAGGUAAGAAACCAAACUUAGAUUUUAGUUCACCCCCAUACAGAAAAUUUCUUUCUUUUUUGGGUCACCAUGCCUCGGUGGGAGACGGCCAACUUGUUGAAAAAAAAAAAUUAUUCUUAUUUACAUUUUUCAUGUUUUCUCAGAAAUUGCUAGAAAUUGCCAAGAAAAAAUACAAGAAACCAAAUGCUUAUGAAUCGUUACGUUCAGAAGUGUUGCAACUGCUGAUCAAUGCUUUUGAGCAACUCUUAAAACCAGUUAACAAACAGCCACUGCAUGAAGUACUCUUCUUUGAUUCUUCGUCCAUGGUGAAGAGACAUCUUGUGGGCAUGCCAAGAGCUGCUCUUACUACAGCCCUCUCAAAUCCACACCACUAUUUACAGUGCGAGUGUUGUCAACUGGAGGACCUGUCGAGUGUGGUUCCAACCUUGCCAGAUGUUAGUGUGGCAUACAAACUUCACCUGGAGUGUGGUCGCCUUAUAAAUCUGUAUGACUGGCUUCAAGCCUUCAUAUCAGUUACAGAGCCAGAGGAAGAUACUUCCAGCAAGAGGACCAUUGAUCAGAAACUUCAAGCACGAUUUGCACAAGCUGUAUCUGAGUUGCAGUUCUUGGGCUUUGUUAAGCCCACACGUCGCAAAACUGACCACGUUGCUAGGCUUACUUGGGGUGGAUGUUAAUGCUCAAAAAUAAAUUCAUUAUGUGAAUGUGCUGUUAAUUCUAUUUUUUAAAUUACAAUUCAGAUUGUGCACACACGUGCCAUAACGAUUACUAUAUUUGUCAGACUCUCAUCUGGAGUUGUUUUUCUUUUCUAUAAUAUUUAAUAGUUUCAUAGUACUGUUUCAAAGAUAAUUUUAUUGUGUAUCAUUUUUCAUAUAUUUUUCUUAA